AUGUAUGUGUCGGUCAAUAUUGUAGCCUUUGGGAAUGAAAGAGACGAGUUUUCUGAGGACAAUCAGCAGCCGAGCCUGAUCUGGAGCUAUCUCGGGAGAAGUGCUCUCGUUUCCCAGAUUGACAGCAGCUUCUCUGCCAGUCACGCUGGAAACCCAGUUUUUACCGAGUACCAAGCCUGCGUGUUUGGAAAUGUCAGACUGGUGGUACACGACUGUCCUGUCUGGGAUAUUUUUGACAGUGACUGGUACACUUCUCGCAGUCUGCUUGGAGGAGCUGAUAUUAUUGUGAUUAAAUACUCUGUCAAUGACAAGACUUCGUUUCAAGAACUAAAGGACAGUUAUGUCCCAAUGAUAAAAAAAGCGUUAAACCACUGCUCGGUUCCAGUAAUAAUUUCUGCUAUUGGUGCACGAAAAAAUGGAGUGCCUUGCACCUGCCCGCUGUGCACUUCGGACAGGAGGAGCUGUGUCACCACCUCGGAGGGAGUUCAGCUUGCCAAGGAACUAGGGGCCACUUACCUCGAACUGCACGCUCUCAAUGACUUCUACGUACAGAAGUACUUUGGAGGAGUGCUGGAAUACUUCAUGAUCCAAAGUUUGAAUCAGAAGUCAUCUGAAAAAAUGAAGAAAAGGAAAAAGAUGCAGAAGUGCCAUCGAGUUCAGCCACCUCAGCUUGAACAGCCAGAAAAAAUGCCGAUCUUAAAGGGCGAAGCCUCGCACUACGACGCGGACCUGCACAACCUGCUCUGCUGCUGCCAGUGCGCGGACGUGGCCUUUUGCCCCGAAGACCUCAGCACGGUGGUGGAGGCUCACAAGAUCAUCCUCUGCUCCGUCAGCCACCUCUUCAUGCUGCUUUUCGAGGUGAAGAGCCCCGCCGACAUCCGCGAUGCCUCCAUCAUGCGGACAGCCCAGAGCCUCUUCACGGUGGAGACAGGGGCCACCUUCCCCCCGUCCCCCCACGGCGUCCCCCCCUGCGUCCCGCCGGCGAGGGUGGUGGUGAAGGACUCUGUCUUCUGCUCUUGUCUCCCAGACAUCCUCCGCUUCAUUUAUUCAGGUGCUUUCCAGUGGGAACGAUUGGAAGAGGAUAUAAAAAAGAAGUUGAAGGAUCCAGAAAAAACAGAACAUGUGCUUGAGAAAGUGAAAUGUAUCCUGAAAACUCCAGGGAAGCUAAACACUGUAAAGGACUGCAGAUCUCACCAGAUAAAACGGCUUUAUAAGACUUCUCUCAGGCUGUUCUUUAAUACGCCUGUCCUAGCUGAUGUCAUCUUCAAAAUACAAG